AUGAGUAUUAAACUGAAGGUCCAGUUCCUUGUCACAUCUGUAAACCACCUGCUCUGGUAUCGAGAGUCCGGUGUGGAAAGUGCUGCGGCGGAUCGCAGGCUAGGUAAAUCCAGCGCGAGUUCUCGCCGCCGCAGAUUCCAGCCCGGGGUCGGGAUUUCCGGAUUAAUUCCCGGCGGCGAUGGGGGCGGUUGGCGAAGUGGUGGCAGCCGGCGGGGUGAAGCGGUGGGAUCGGCAGAUUUAAUCCGGGCGGAGAGGAGCCGGAUCCCGGGGACAGGGCCCGGGCGGUGCCGAAACUGCCGGCGGAAACCGGACUCAGCUUUACCGGGACACAGAGUGGGAUCCGGGGGAGAGACAGCCAGAGACAGCGAGAGACAGCCCGGCACGGAGAGAGACAGCCAGGUCAGAUGUCCCCAGAUGGAGCCCGAGGGCGAGAGUCACAGAGCAGCCGGCUUCCAGUGGAGGAGUUACAAACUACUAGUGGAUCCCGCUCUACGCCGCGAUACACAGAAGAUCUACCGUUAUGAUGGCGUGCACUUUAAUAUCGCUGAUAGAGCAUUUCUUCCAGUAGGCGAUGUCCGGGACCCACGACAACAUCGCAUGUGGAGCAAACCACGGGAUGUCUCCCUUCCUGUCCCCAAAUUCAAGUUUGAUGAAUUCUACGUGGGGCAGCUCCCUCAAAAGGAAGUCACUUUUGCCCAUCUCAAUGACAAUGUCCGGGAACCCUUUCUGGCUGACAUGUGCCGAAAAUUUGGGGAUGUGGAGGAGGUGGAGAUUCUGCUGCAUCCCAAAACACGCAAACAUCUAGGACUGGCUAAGGUGCUGUUUUCCAGCUCGAAGUCAGCCAGAGAAACCGUUACUCACCUCCACAAUACGUCUGUUAUGGGCAACCUCAUACAUGCAGAGCUUGACCUCCGAGGGCAGCAAAGGCAGAAAUACUUUGAUAUGAUUGUGAAUGGUUCAUACACCCCACAGACUGUCCCUACAGGUGCGAGGUGGGUCCUGGAUCGUCUGCAGGCUGAACCGCUGGAUUCUAGACGCCGCAUAUCCACUGAUUCCCCUUACCCUCCUGGAAAUGGAACCCCAUCAUCUCAGGACACAGGCACCGCCUAUAGCCAGUACACCCCGUCCUUGUCCUCUUCGCAGGGCACCCCUUACACUCCCAGAGGUGGCACCCCCUACUCUCAGGACUCUGCCUACUCCAGCAGGCAGGGAACCCCCAGCCAUUCCAGCUCCCAUGAAUCCUCAGGAUACAAGUCCCGGCGCCAGGAGAACAGCUCUGGAGAUUCGUACUCUCGCCGCUCUGGGCACCACUAUUCUCCUGCUCCGUCUUCCUCCACAUCAUCUUCCUCACAUCAUGAGAGCAGUCAUAGACGGUAUCACAGGCACCAACACCGUUCCUCCCCACAGUCUUCAUACCGCUCCCGACACCGCAAGCCACCUCCACCUCCUGAAGAACCUCCAUUACAUCGCUUUCCUGGGACUCCACCUCUACCUCCCCCACCACCCCCUCCGCCUCCAGAUGAUCACCAAACUGACCGUGAUUACAGACUUACCCAGCCACCUCUUCCUCCGUCUACAUCUAUCCACACACCUACUCUACUUAUUCCUCCUCCACCACCUACUGAAGGCUGGGAGCCCCCUCCACCACCACCACCACCUCCUCUUCCUCCAGCCUCUUCUCCACCUCCAUCACCAGCUCGUUCUUGCUCUCCGCUUCCUGAUGGUAUUUCGGAGAGUCUUCCAAUCACACAACAUAGUAGUAGCCUUGACUCCCGUAUUGAGGCCUUGCUAAAGGAGCAGCGCUCCAAAUUUUCCUUCCUGCCCUCUGACACCGAGGAAGAAGAUGAGGCAACGGAAAAUGCUGGGCAGGAGAACAUGGUCUUAGAAGAAGCUCCUCCCCCUGUACACGGCCCAUACACACCUCCCCCACCUGCAAGCUUUGAGGAUGUGUCUGCUGAGGCCAUCUUGAGGAUGGGUGAUAUUGGCAGGACAGCAAACGGGCAGGAGCGGCUGUCAUCCGGGGAUGACAUGGAAAUUUCAGAUGAAGAGGUUAACCUUGAGAUGCCUGGUGCUGCUGGUCCUCCAUACCCACUUCUGCCCCACCUGGCAGGCACCGGGGGCAACUACUCUGCACAGCCUCUUCCAUCUCCUCUCCUUCCCAUACCUCACCACCACCACCAGGCUCCCUCAUCUUAUCAAAUGUUACCUGUCAAUGCCAGGCCACGGCUUGGCGAACUUGGCACUCGUCCCUCCACCCCUCCUCCACUUGAUCCCUCUGCUGCUUCGUCAUCUUCUUCAUCUGCUCCCCAUAUAUAUGACUUUGUGAACUCCAUGGAAUUGGUAAACAGACUUGGUAACCAGUGGGGAGGGACCUCCAUGUCCUUUCAGAUGCAGACUCAGAUGCUGAGCCGAUUACAGCAAAACAGACAAUGCAAAGGACAACCAUUUGAGGACCAAUACCCCCCACCUCUACUCCCUCACCCACUACCCAUCAGACACCGCCAACCUCACCCUCCUCCACUCAUGUCUGAGCAAGUCUAUGGAGCAGUGUACCCACCUUUUCCAUCACAACAGCCACAGCCUUUAUUACCCCCUCGGGAAUUUCCAAACCGGACAGGUCGAGGAGGUGGUCAUGACCCUCGUCCACCAGGCUGGACACAACAGGCAGACCCACAUGCCUCUACAGUUAUCAGUGUACUGACUGCACUUAUUCAAGAGAUGAAGAGCACAAUGCAAAGAGAUUUGAACAGGAAAAUGGUAGAGAAUGUGGCAUUUAGGGCCUUUGAUGAGUGGUGGGAAUGUAAAGAGGAGAAGGCAAAGCCAUUUCAGAAUGUACCCAAACCACCACCUAGGGAAGAAGACAAGGAGAAGGUCCGACCCAAAGAUCCUGGGCUACUUUCUUUGGUGGACUGGGCCAAGAGCGGGGGUGCAGAAGGAUUUGGAUUUGGAGCAGGGCUCAGGGGUGCACUCAGACUGCCCUCCUUCAAGGUUAAGAGGAAGCCACAAUCAGAGAGCGAAGACGGUGAGCAGAAGAGGCCCCGGACGUCUACCCCACCAGAGGAGGAAGAGGACGAAAGAGAUAAAGAGACGCUUUCCGAUCCUCGAUCAGGAGCCAAGCAGUCGCAGAGAGAAGGUGAGCGAGCGCGCCACAAGCGCAGGAAUCCCUUCCACCUGGACAGCGAGGGAGAAGAGGAAUCUGACAAGGAUGACGAGGAAGAUGAAGUCAGUGAAAAAGAUGAUGAUUCUGAAGAUGACGUUUCGCCUCUCACCAAGCUGUCCUCCAAGAUUGUGUCUGAUGAUGAUGACAGUUCUAGUGAGUCGGACAGCAGCAGCUCUUCCUCAUCUUCAUCAUCUUCCUCCUCCUCCUCGUCUUCCUCCACUUCCUCACCAGCAUGUUCUGAUGACGAGGAAGAGCAAGAGGAGGAUCCAAAGUUAGCAGAUGUUUCUGAACCUCUUGUGGCUGCCAGUCCUGCGGUGCCCGAUCCAGAACCCGAACCCAUUGUAACAAAAGAGGAACCACCGGAGAAACUUCCAGAUCCAAUAGUGAAAGAGGAACCACCUACAGAACCCCCAGCACCUCCCACUCCUGUUCCACCUGUAAAACCCUGUGCCCCUCCAUCCCCACCACUGCAACUGCUCCCACCUCCCAAAAAGAGGCGUAAAACUGUGUCCUUCCAACUUCUUCCUGAAGAAGAGCCUGAGACCACCGAGAGCAAACCCCAAAACCAGCAGCUCCUGGUUACUCCAGCCCCUGAAAUACCACAAAUUCUCCCACAAGAGCCCAAGGAAGAGCCACCCCCACCUGUUGAAGAAGCUGCUGUUCUUUCUCCCAAAGUUCCUCCCAUUGAAUCAGCUCCUCAGGGAGCUCUUCAGGUCCUUAGGAGCCCAGAAAAGGAGCCUGAGGUGCCUCCUCCUCCUCCUCCUCCUACCAAAGAGCCCUCUCCCCAGAAGAAAGAGUUUGAACAUUUCACGGUGCUAAAUCUUCCGUGGGACCAUGCGUCUAUGGUGAAAUCCUACCCCCCUCGAGUAGAGAAUUUGGAAGGUAGACAUGAAGAUGGAACAGAGGACUUUGAAGAAGAGAUUGUAGAGGAGGUCAAACAUUCUCCUCUUCCUGAACCACCAAAGGAGCAGGAACAAAAAGUUGCUGUGGUAGCAGAGCCACGUGAGGCAGUAAGGACAGAACCUGCAGAGGAGGCUCUGUUUGCCACUGUUCGGCAGAUCCUUCUUGAGCACAGCUAUGCCUCAAUCCCUGCUAACCUGAAGCAGCCUUCCAAGAAGCAUAGAGGUAUGUCUGUGGAAGAGAAACUCACUGAGAUUCUGCAUGUGGACAUUGGGCAACUCGUGUUGGAGGCCGCAGAGGAGGUGGUUUGUGGAGCAGGUAGUUUACCAGGUGUGGAGGGUAAUACAGGACUGUUACAGGUUGGUGACAUGCAGUUUACGCCCUCCAGGAAAACGGAGGAAGUUGCUGCCUUAUUACCCCCUGAGGAGUCAAGGAGCAGGACGCGGAGGCAACAGCAGGUCAAAGAAGCGGAACCUGGGGAGGUGACCACCGAGGAAGAUGAGGAGGAGGAGGAGGAAGAAGAAGAAGAAGAAAUGGAAACAUGGGUGAGCACACGGCAGCUCAGAUCUCACAAGAAUAAGCGCCUUUUCAUACCAUUAUCGCCACCAAGAUAUGAGAUGCGCAGUGAGUUUGAGCAGAUGACCAUUUUGUACGAUAUAUGGAACACAGGGUUAGAUUUUGAGGACAUGGUCUUCCUGAGAGACACCUAUGAGAAGCUUCUGCAAGAAGACCACAGCACGGACUGGCUGAAUGACACCCACUGGGUGCAUCAUACAAUCACCAAUAUUGCGGACCCAAAACGCAAAAAGAACCGACAGGACGGGCUGCGGGAGCACCAAACCGGCUGUGCGAGGAGUGAGGGCUAUUACGCCAUCAGCAAGAAGGAUAAGGACAAGUAUCUGGAUGUGUUCCCUGUGUCCGUGCAGGAGCUUGACGCAGACACACAGGGCACAAACAGAGUGCUGUCAGAGCGUCGUUCCGAGCAGAGACGCUUGCUCAGUGCCAUUGGCUCCUCCUCCCUGUUGGACAGCGACUUAUUGAAACUCAACCAGCUGAAGUUCCGGAAAAAGAAGUUGCGCUUUGGGCGCAGUCGUAUUCACGAAUGGGGUCUGUUUGCCAUGGAGCCCAUUGCUGCUGAUGAGAUGGUGAUAGAGUACGUGGGGCAGAAUAUACGACAGGUGGUAGCGGACAUGCGCGAGAAGAGAUAUUCUCAGGAGGGAAUCGGCAGCAGCUAUUUGUUCCGUGUUGACCAAGACACUAUUAUUGACGCCACCAAAUGUGGAAAUUUGGCUCGAUUUAUAAACCACUGUUGCUCGCCCAACUGUUACGCCAAAGUGAUUACCAUCGAGUCUCAAAAGAAAAUUGUCAUCUACUCCAAACAGCCGAUUGGCGUUAAUGAGGAAAUUACGUACGACUACAAGUUCCCAAUUGAAGAGAACAAGAUCCCUUGCUUGUGUGGGACUGAGAACUGCCGGGGAACGUUGAAUUAACCCCCUAGACAACCGUCUCUCUCUGCAUGUGCCUGAUUGUACGUAGGCCAAUGGCGCCCAUUGUGGUGACCGAAGGAUGGCAAGCAUAGCCUGUCUCUGGCAUGUGUACUUGGGGAAAACGGGAGUGGGUGUUAAGACCUGUAAGGAAUAUGGCCCUGGAACCAUGCCCAGUGAUGUGCUAGGAACAGGGGCUCCAGUCUAGAUUUUCUUUCUCUGAUCCAGAAAGGUGACAGCUUGGCCUGUUUAUGGGACUUUAGCAAUGUCACCCAUGCACACCCCUUAUACCAUCCUACCUUCUGUCUCUGGAGGCACAUGCAUAUAUAUAGAUAGAAAUAUGUGUGUGAAUUGUUCCUUUUUUUUUUUAUUUUUAUUUUUUUUUAAUUAUUUUAAAGCCAUUGAUUUUUGGCCACUUUUUAUAUAUUUUAGACAUCAUUGUUCAUUUAUUCCUUUAUGGGAGUAUGUUUAUUUAUACAGGGCUGCGGCAAAAAAAAACAAAAAAACAGACCAAUCUUUACCCUGAAUCUGAAGGUUUGAUAUUCCAACCAAAAGAUUUAUUUUCCUCCAUUCUAACACUAGGGGGUGUCAGUAUGACGCAACCUCCUGCAAGUUGCGUUUAUUUUCUGAGCUUGCAUUAAUCUCCUUUUAACUCCUUAUCCAUGGUUUGGGUGAAGGGUAAAAGCAUCCCACCCCACCUCAUCAUUGAUGUCCUAGAAAUCUAUUUCCUGCUAUUUCUAUGCUGAUUAUCAGCGCAAUAUAUAAUACAUUUUGGGUCCUUUUUUAGUUUGAGUUCACAAUCUCUGGCUAUUGAGACAGGAUUUUUUGCAUCCCCUCUAUUUGUAUAUUAAUGUGACUUCUUGUUUUCUUACCUGUAUAUACAAACACACUGUUCCCUGAUCAUAUGUAAAUAUAAAACUGACUUUGGUUUUUAGGAUUCACGCCCUUACGCCUGGAGACACUAGGCUUGAAACCUUCUAGGUAAAUACAGUAGAGAGGUGAGGGACUCUGGUCACAGGAUGCCGCAGGGUAAACCGAAUGUCCUAAACCAGAUUGCCAUCUCCAAGUGUUGGUGUAAGCAUUCUGAAAAUGGCCGCCCAGCCGACCCCUAGGCCUCACGCACUUUUAGUUCCAAUGCUGAUAUGUUGUUCUCUAUAAAAACAGCAACGUAUAGUGAUACAUUGUAUCUUUCUGAACUCGCUAGGUGAUCGUCUGCUUGCCUAGAAUCAUAUUAAUUUGUCGGUAACUAGAGUACGAUACAUCACAGCUAGUGUAUUCGGUAUAACUAUACACUGCAAUUUUUUACAACUUUUUUUUAAUGAAGAAUGCUUUUUAUUUAUUUUGAUAAACAUUGAGAUUUGAUGGUUUUUUUUCUUCUUUUAGCCAUUUGAGUUCAAAAGGUCCUUAUUUUCUCUACCUUGCACUCAAAGUGAUAACUCUUUAGUCAAGUCAAAAUUGUGCCACUCAGCGUCCCAGAAUCCUCCUCUCCCUGUACCACGUGUAGCACCUGACAGCAGGUGACAUGGUUACAAAUGAAUCCCCUGCCCUCAACGUAAUUGUUUAAAGUGACUGUUUUAGAAUUUUCUAUAAGCGUGUGUGUAGUAUAUACCUAUAUGUGCACACGCACACCACUUCUAAGCAAUGACGUUCUUUUACAUCGAGCUGUAACUAUCUGUUUGUUUUACAGGACCCGCAGUACAUGGGCCCCUUUGUGCUACCAUUUUUUGCCUUGUAGAUUGGGGGACAGAGAGAGGGAUGGUUUGCUAGGGAUCAGGCCUAGGAAAGGGUCCAUUUUUUGGGGUGGAGGGAGGCAGGCCUGAAAAUGUUGUAUAUUCUGUAUAUUAACAGCUUUGUUUCUUGUAGAAACAUGAGUUUAUUACAUAUAUUACACUGUGUGUGUGUGUAUUUUUAUUUCGGAGAUCACA